CUAAAUAAAGAUCCUUUUAAGUUUCUCCUCACUUAGUAGAGAAAUCCAAGGCUAGCACCAAGGAAGGAACCCCAGAUAUUCCUCGUUAUGAGUUGUUGAUUAAAUCAUGGAAGAACAAAUUCAAGGCCAUCCAUAUCUGUCUGGAAAUUUCGCACCCAUCAAGAAGACCCGGCAACUUACACAAUGCACUCAUGUCGGGCAUAUUCCAGAAGACCUUGCUGGAGGUCAAUACGUCCGUAACGGCGGGAACCCAAUCACAAAUGAUGAUCUGGGAAGAGAUGCGCACUGGUUUGAUGGCGAUGGUAUGCUCACUGGAGUUCUUUUCCGACGUGGAGAUAAGAACAAGGCCAUCUCCCCGGAGUUUAUUAACCAGUAUAUACUGACCGACGUAUAUUUGAAUGCCAAGGGCAACCGCAACUUAAAGAGGCCUCUGCUACCAAGUAUUACGACACUAGUUAGUGCCUCGUUACUGAAUAUGAUUAUGGCAGUUCUUAGAACCUUGAUCCUCGUAUUUCUUUCCAUGUUGCCUGGGUCUAGAAAGGCCGUCAAGAAGAUCAGUGUCGCCAACACUGGCGUGCUGUAUCACGAUGGUAGAGCUUUGGCAACAUGUGAAAGCGGUCCGCCGAUGAGGUUCCAGCUUCCCGGGCUGGAGACUGUGGGCUGGUAUAAUGGUCGAAGAGCGGAGAAUGAGCCUAGUUGGAAUAACAAGGCGGGCUUCGGUGGAGAUGGCCAAAUGGGAUUCAUGAAGGAUUGGACAACGGGUCAUCCCCGUGUUGACCCGGUUACAAAAGAGUUUAUUUCGUUCCAUUCUGUCUUCGUCCGGCCGUUUGUUUACUAUUCGAUAGUUCCGCCAGCCAGGCCAUCGGCGAAGGGAAUAGGAGAGGACGGUUAUGUCCCCAUGUUCGAUAUUCCGAUCCCGGGUGUGAGCUCGCCAAAGAUGAUGCACGAUUUUGGGGUCUCAGCCCGCCAUACCGUAAUAAUGGAUCUCCCACUAUCCCUCAAUCCUAUGAAUAGUUUCAGGGGAAGGCCUGUUGUCUCGUACGAUCCGACUGGACGGUCGCGCUUUGGAAUCUUUCCUCGAUACGAACCGAGAAAGAUCCAAUGGUUCACGACGAACCCGUGCGUCAUCUUUCAUACGGCCAAUUGCUGGGAGACUGUAUCGAUGGAGCCGGAAGCCGAGACAUGCGUCCAUCUCCUCGCUUGCCGUCUCACUUCGGCGUCGAUGGUGUACAGCGCCGGCGCACUCACACCCCCCACACCUAAACCAGCACCACCGGAAUACGCCGAGGAGGAACAGUGCCGGCUUUAUUACUAUAGCUUCCCGUUAAUCAGGAAGGGUUCGGAUAAGACGCCGAUAAUCCGCAAUCAAUGGGCUCUGUCGGCCAUUCCAUUCGAGUUUCCCACCAUGUCGCCGUCCUACGCGAUGAAGGCGGCUAGAUAUAUGUAUGGUUGUAGUACGGGGACGACGUAUUCUGCUGCACUCGGGAGAGCAGCUAAGAUCAACUACCUUGCAAAGAUCGACGCCGCAACGCUGGUUGCUCGAGGCAUAUCCCACCCGCCGCAACACAUCAAGGGCUGUGUCGAUGCCCGAGAUCUAGACGAGGUAAUGCAGGGCGUCGAUGAUGACGAUCCAAUAAAAUUGUUUAAGAUGCCCGAAGGGUGGUUUGCCCAGGAACCGCGAUUUGUGCAACGGGCUCACGCGGAAACCGAGGAUGAUGGGUGGCUACUUACGUACGUAUUUGACGAGUCUCAAUUAGAUGACGAUGGCGAAUGCGGUGAUGGCGCCGUUAGUGAGCUUUGGGUUAUCGAUGCAAGAAAUAUGACGGAUAUCGUAACAAGGGUAAAACUGCCUCAGCGGGUACCCUAUGGUCUUCACGGUACAUGGUUUUCCGAAGACGAAAUUGCUGGGCAGAGGCCGUUUGAUUCGGUGAGACGGGAAUUACCGAAGGCAGAGGUCGACACAUCGAGUUACAUAUCGAUCGUGAGAGAUAUGGUGGAGAAGUGGGUUGGGUGAAUCGACGGAGUUAUUUCAUUAGUAGUGAUUUCCUAGUGCCAUGCAGUAGUAGCAGAAGUUUGAGCCCUCUUCGCUGCAAGCUGUUAGUCGCCAGCUAGCAGAACAUAUCGCCAAUUUACCUCGAUAACCUCUUA